AUGAUUUCGAUCGACACGGAAUUAAAUUCAUUUGACAGGAGGAGGGCAACCUUGGCGUCGGCCAUUCGAGCAGUGGAGCGGCGAACGCUGGCAAGCGAGGUGAAGUCGGAACGCGUCAGUUCACAGACGACCUCCGUUUCGUCGUACGCGAGGAAACCUAUUUUCUAUGUGAAAUUCGUCGAAUCCUCACAUCUUGAGGCUUUGCGAUUGUCUGUGGCUUUCCGAGGGGACGAGUAUUGCAACCAUGAAGAGUGCGAGAACGCACGAGGUUGGCUAAUGGUCGAUAAAAACGGGAACAAAUCGACGACGACGACGUUUUCGACGACCAGGAUGGCGUGCACGAGUAAUCGCCGUUUGUGAGUGCCGGCAGCGGGAGUGGAGCGAUGCUGGUGAAGCUUCGGACAAGAUCCGCCCAGCCGGCUUCAAGUAUUCAGCAGUUUUUUCGUCGCUUGGCAUCGAGAGUGAUGUAAAGCCUGUAAAAGAAAGAGAAAAGAAAAGAAAAGAAAAGAAAAGCGACGAUCCAAGGUCGUUGGAGGGACCGGUCGUUCGACGAAAGAAGAUCAAAAAAAGGAAAGGGAGGAUCGUGGAACUGCCUUUUUUUGUAGCAAAGUAGAAAACGCGAAGACAUAUUUUGGUAAAUAGU